GCACAAUCUCGAGUGCCGCUGUGCGGCCUUUAUAUAGAAGCGAAACGAACGCGCCCAUGUCGCUCAAGAAGCGGCGAUAUGUGGGCAACGCGAACUCUAAGAAGCGGCAGGAGGUCGAGGGCACGUUCGGGUCCCAGCUGCAUUGUCGUCGGGCGGCUGGCCAUCCGCAGCAGACAUUACCGAGCCCGGAACGCCCGCCCCCGCUGCUUCGGCCCUCGCCCCCCGGGGCUGUGAAUUCCACCCCGCCGCCGCAGCGCAUCCAAGACCUCCUUGUACAAAACAUUCUGCGACACCAGCACGAAACUAAGAACUUCAAGACGGAGAGCUGGUACGGGUCUCCGGCGGGCUACGGGGCCAUUUCGAAUGCCAUCAUCGCCGCGCUGUCCAUCAAGGACAAUGCGCGCACGGGCUAUGUGAGCGUCGACGACAUUGUCGAUACGUUUACCAAGAUGAACUUUGGGCUCAAGGAAGACCAAGUUCGACAACUCUUUCGUGAAGUUGACAAUAACGCCGAACAAGUACACUACAAGUCGUUUGCCAAGCAAUUUGACUUGCCACCGACAGUUAGUGAAGACCCCAUUGCACGGCACGAACGGACUGUGGCGCUGCUCCAAGAGCGAUUAAAGGAGCCGUCGCGCGUGCCAAUUCCCAGUUCGAUGAGCCGACGAAAGAAGCCGCCGACUGCGUGCGUCCUCGAGGAGAUAACGCCGGCACCGCCGACACUGCCACGCAUCACCGUCACGACCACGGUCACAGAGGGCAACACACUUGAAAAAGCUGCGUUCAACAUCAACCAUUUGGCACACGAGGGCACGCUGCCGUCCCCGACGCGCUACUCGGCCAAGCUCGCCGACGGUGUCAUUCCGCAGACAGCAACGACCCUCGUGCUUGGCGGCGACAUGCGCAACACGCCCAAGAGCCUUCGCCGCGCGCGCCUCUUGCCCCAAGUGGUCGAUCAAAGCCGCAAAGAAGGUCGCCGAAAAGCCAAAAGGGAAAUCCUCACGAACCACCUGGAGCGCAUUGACACAUAUGCGGCGGCCAAAGACUAUGAGACAAAGCUGUACGAAGAGAACCAUCUCAAAGCGACCACGGCCAAGCACCUCGCUUACAACCAAGCCUUUCUCGAACAAGCACUGCAGCGCGCCAACAAGGUCGAGCGAAAAGGGCUCCUCGACUCGGCAAUAUCGGAGCGCAACCACAACGUGAGCAUGCAGUCCAUGUUUUUCCAGCCAGACGCACCGAGAUAAUCGUGUCCAUAGAGUAAUACCCUAACACGAUGGAGAGCUAUCGUCUGG